AUGAGUGGCCAUCUCUGGAAAUCAUACUUUGAAGAUGAUGUCGAUAGCUUUCGACAUGUCUUGCAAAAUGCCUCCCAUACCCCGCGUCCAGGAACACAGAAAAGCUUCGCUAGCUGGCAGGGCGGAAGCCAUGGCGCGGCGAUGAACAGCAGUCCGGGUAGUUAUGGCAUGUCACCCAUGCUCAACUCCAAAGGGCGGAGGGCUCUGAACCAGGCACCCGUCACCCUGACCCGGUCGGACAUUAACAGUCGCGAUGGAGCGGGAAUGACAAUCCUACAUCAUGUCGCGUCUUCGACGGCAGAGAAUGCCGCCGCGUUUGCCCAGGCGCUGUUGGAACAUUCGUUGAUUGAUUUGUAUAUUCAAGAUACCGAGAACGGUUGGACAUCCCUGCACCGCGCUUUUUAUUUUGGAAACAUUACCAUCGCGCGCCUGAUCCUUAAUAAGGAUACGCAGAAUAUACUUGGCCACAACUCAAGUGGUUUCAAUCCUCACGCUCGUGGUUUAGUCAAGAUCAAAGAUAAAGAAGGAUACGGUCCCCUCGACUUGUUCGCAUUGACCAUCAAAGAUAGAACACUGCAACCGGAGGAAGCCCCCAGAAAUGAUUCGGAUUCCGACGACGAAUUGGCAUAUGGUGACAGUGGUGAUUGGGACGACGAAGCGAGGGGAAGGACCAUUGUCCCACCUAUACUAUUGAGCGGCGACGAAGUCUUCACGUUCGGCAGUAACAAAAAUGUGACCCUUGGGUUCGGUGACGAGGAUGAUCGCCAAUUUCCGGAACGUAUCACUCUUAGAAGACCGGACCACCUGCUUCAAAGGUUUUACCGCGAGCAUAGAGAGGCGCGACUGCAAGCAUCAUCUUAUAUGAAUCAAUCGCUGCAAGAGUCCGAAGUUCUUCACCCAAGAUCCUUGGAUGAGCUGCCAGUUCGGAUACGAAAUACUCCGAUUGUCACCCAGGAUGUACAAAUGUCUAAGUUGCACACUGCUGUACUUACUACCGAUCCUGUUUCCAACCUGUAUAUGUGUGGACAUGGCGCUGGCGGUCGACUCGGAACUGGUGACGAAUCGACCAGGCAUCAGUUCACCUGCAUCGAAGGGGGCGGGUUGAGUCAGAAGAAGGUCGCUGCAGUGGCACUAGGGCAGAAUCAUACGUUGGCUAUCUCUGACGAAGGAGAAGUCUUCUCUUGGGGCAACAAUGCUUUUGGACAGUUGGGAUACGUACUUCCAAAACCCGCCCUCAAGGAAGAUGAUCCAAUAUCGAGUCUCCCAAGACAGAUUUAUGGUCCAUUGAAACGAGAGAUCGUGAUCGGCAUUGCAGCAUCACGGAUACAUUCAGUUGUUCACACAGCAACUUCUCUCUAUACAUUUGGAAAGAACGAGGGUCAACUUGGUAUUGUUGCUUCCGAUGCUCGUUCUCUUGAUAGCCAGGUGAUACCCCGGAAAGUCGCCGCAUCGUUGUUCUCGUCUCCAAUUUCAUCUGCUUCGGCCAUUGAUGGAGCCACUAUAUGUCUACUUGAGAAUCGAGAAGUUUGGGUCUUUGCCAACUUUGGUUAUGCAAGAUUGAACUUCCCGUUGGAUGGAUUCACACAUCCGUUCUUCAAGGAGAGCUGGCUCACAACGAAGUACGAUACCACACCUAAUCAGAUCAAGAAGAUCACAGCAGGUGGCGAUACAGUCUGCGCUUUAUCAUCGGCAGGAGAGGUUUUCACGGUCGCCCUCAGUCGUCGCUCUGAAACGGGCACUGACGCUGAUACUUCAACCACGAAUCCUAAGCAGAUACGAGGUGCUCUGUCCACACCGUAUCGUAUAUGGUCGGCUAAGAGCAGCCAUAUGGCUGCGAGAGAUGUUGAUGUAGACCACGAUGGCUCGAUCAUUUUGACCACCCAGGCCGGCACAGUCUGGCGGCGGACAAAGCGAGCCACACUCAAGAACGCAAAUGUCUCCCGCACUACGGAUAACAAACCGAAGGAUUACAAAUUCUUGCGAGUUCCCGGCCUCACUCGUGUUAUUGGGGUUCGUGCUUCCGCUUUUGGCGCUUACGCGGCGAUUCGGAGGGACUGCAAUGUUACAAAGACCCAGAUUGGAGUGGACGAGCCCAACAUCUGGAAAGAUCUUGCUUCUUUGGUCCCAAUCGGCGAGCUUUUCGAGUUCCACGAAGAUAGCGAAGAUGAGAAUCCCACCCCGAGGUUCUGGCAGCGUCCAUCGAAUGCGCAGUCGCUGCGAAAGCGCACGCUGCAGUCCAAAGACCUUGAAACUGAAGUGACCGACGUUGUGCGCCGAAAACUGUUCUCCUCUGAAAACUCGUACGACAUGGUACUUGCGACAACGCUCAGUGAUGUUCGCAUUCCAGUACACGAAUUCGUUUUGGCUGGACGCAGUCGCGUCAUCAGGGAUGUCAUGCUCGACUACCGCGUAAGCGGCAAGUCCGUAGAUAUACCUGAAGUUUUGUCCGUCACUGAGGUUGAUGGCAAACUAACGGUCUUGUUCCAAGGAGUGGACUUUCUUACUGUCUUUAACAUCGUCGUCUACAUCUACACCGACUCGAUUGUCGAUUUCUGGAACUAUACGCGCCAGUACCCAAAAAUGGCUUUCAGGUACAGGGCAGUGCGUGUGGAGCUGAUGAAGGUAGCGUCAAAGCUAGAGAUGAAACAGCUCGAACCAGCAGUACGGCAAAUGGUGAGUCCUAUACGUUCCUUGGAUAAGGACAUGGUAUCUGCCAUCAAGGACCAAUCCUACUUCGAAAGUGGCGAUGUCAUUGUGGAACUAGCCGAUGGGGAGAGACUCCUUCACUCAGACAUACUAUGUCAACGAUGUCCAUUCUUCGAAGGCCUCUUCCGAGGCCGCGCUGGUGGGCAGUGGCUCGCUGGUAGACGCACUGAAGAAUCGAGACAUACAAGAGUCGAUCUCAGCCAUGUAGAGAGCGAUCUGUUUGAACUGGUUGUCCGCCAUAUCUACACCGAUGCCGGAGAGGAAAUGUUUGAUGACUUCACAAGUGAAGAUCUCAAUGAUUAUCUUGCUCUUGAUGAACUCCUCGACCACAUCAUGGACAUCAUGUCCAUUGCGAACGAGUUGAUGCUGGACCGGUUAUCACAAAUUUGCCAAAGACUGAUCGGCCGAUACGUCAACUCUCGGAAUGUAUGCUCGCUUCUCGACGCCAUUGCGCCCAGUUCUGUAGCCGAAUUCAAAGAUGCAACCCUCGAAUAUGUUUGUCUGAGUCUGGAAGCUGUCUUGCAAAAUGGUUCUCUGGAUGAAAUGGAUGACGAAGUUCUCCUCGAUCUCGAUGCUGUCGUCCGAGAUAAUCAGUUGGCAACCCUACCAUUUGCGAGAAGUGGACGAGCCGAAUCGCUACUAUUUGAUAAGUAUCCUGACCUCGCGGAGCGAAUCGAAAGAGGCAAACGUGCAAGGAUUGAUGCCAUUGUACUCUCUAAUAAAUUUUCUGACAACGAUGGAACGACAUCUGCCUCCUUCAGAGCACAGAGUCUUGAAGAGGUCGCGGCUUCACCAUUACGCCAGCGUAACCGCCGAAAGUCAAGAGACGCAAAAUUGACAGACAGCCCUUCUGCGACACCUGCUCUUCGAGGCAAGACUUCCGUGCCAGACCUCAUGUUCGAGAUGUCGGAUGGAGAAGACGACGAACUCGAUAGUCGUAAGCCUAUAUCUCCGCCUCGUUUUCAUAAAGACCAUUCUGCUGCAUCGUUGGCCACAUCCCCUGAGGAAUCAUGGCCUGGUGUCUCCCGCAAACAAUCUCUUCAAGCAAGUCUCGUAACAAGAGAGACUAUUUCGUCGUCGCCAUUGCAAGCACCUAUUGACCCACGAACGCCGGAUCGGCCAUGGGGUGUGGCUCCGUUGGGUGGAGAUAAGCUUGACCUCAAGGACAUUAUGAGCCAGACCGCAACAGACAAGCCCUCCAAUUUGACCAUUGGACUCUCGCAGCAAAGCAAAGAGGACCGCCCUUCAGGGUCCUUUCAGGCGAAAGUCUCCCAGAAAGAACGCAAGCGACAGCAACAGUCCCAGCAACUCGGACACCCAUCCAGUCUCAACAAACCUCAGCCAGUGCCGCCUACAGUCUCUCCAUGGCAGGCCAUGUCACAUCGAAAGUCCACUCCAACAGGUAGCCCUGUCGUCGUUCCAACGCCACCACCUCGGACGACCAGCACACCCCAAUUGACCAUGCGCCAGACCAUAGCGAACAACGGUGCAGGAUCAUCCAAACAGAAGACGCCAUCAACACCAUCGCAAUCUGCACGAAAGCCGUCCACUGGUGGCCAACAGGCAGAAAACCGGCCUUCUCCUGCCUCUGGUCCUGGUAUGGCCGUCUCCACCACGCCAAUUGCGACUCCGCAUUCAGUGCGCCACAUCCCCCUACCGUCACACUCUCCAACAUCGCCAAGUCAGCAUCUUAGCAUGAUUGAGAUUCUCUCUAUGCAAGAGCUAGAGAAACAUCACAUCAAGGACGCUGCAUCUAAGCGAAGCCUACAAGAGAUCCAACAAGAACAAGAGUUUCAGCAAUGGUGGGAUCAAGAGAGCAAGAGGGUCAUGCUGGAAGAAGAGCAACAGAAGAGGGCAGCAGAGAGGGCAGCUAAAGCCAGUCGUGGUCGAGGCAGAGGUCGUGGUGGUAGAGGAGGCAAAGCAACCAAAGGCAAAGACAAGAAAGAGGACAACGAAGAGGGGCGGGCGAAAGCUAACAAGGACGAUGCUGGCCCUGUGAACCCGAAACCUGACUCGACAGCUGCAAAAUCCACACCAAGACAGGAUGGCAAUGAUCGUGGACGUGGCAAGGCCAAAGGUCCGAGAGGACGCGGAGGGCCUGGUGGCAGAGGUGGUGGUCGAGGUUCAGGCGCGACGGUCAAAGAGAACGCAGCUCCGCAAGCAGCACCUCAAAAACAGAGCGGUGGCAUAAGUACAAAUCGCUCGUAA